UUCAGUCGUUGUUGCUUCUUAGCCGCCAUUAUCGUGAUCGUUGAAAUGAGUUCGGUUUGUUUUUCACGUAAUUUAAUCCCGAAUUCCUCUUGAGUAAAUGUUUCAUUACUCAUUUUAUCACGAAAUGUUCACAUUCUUAUGAUGCUAAAUGGUUUUUGCUCCUGACCGCAUUCUUUAUGUUGAAUCUCGUCUUAGGAUUGGGUUUUUCCAUCCGAAGUCAAGGUUUUCAAAAUUUUCAUUCUGGGCGCUUUGGUGCGGUGGUUUUGUGACAAAUUGAACCUGAAACCCAUGCCAUCUCAAUAAAGAGAGGUCUGGGCGAAGCAGUUUAUGGACUUGGAGAACCAUCUAAGUCACAAAUCGACAAUGAAUAAGCAGGAGAAAGGAAACAGUGAUACCGAGAAUGAUGAUGAAGAGUGGCCUCCAGCAGAUGAACCAUACGUUGAGCCUGUCAAUGGGCAAGUCAGACCGAUCACAACGCCACCACCACACCGACCUGGGCGGCUCACUAACCAACUCGAUUACAUCAAGAAAACUGUUGUUCAAGCUGUUUGGAGGCAUACCAAUGCCUGGAUCUUUCAUACGCCCGUUGAUACUAUUUCAUUAAAAAUUCCGGAUUACCACACUGUUAUUAAACGUCCAAUGGAUUUAACAACUAUCAAAGAGCGGCUGAGAAAAAACUUCUAUCAGAAUGCAAAACAGUGCAUCAAAGAUUUCAAGCUCAUGUUCCAGAACUGUUAUACCUACAACAAUGCUGAAGAAUUUGUUUGUAAAAUGGCCAAAAGUGUUGAGUCUUUGUUCUAUUCAAAGUUAGCGGGAAUGCCUAAAGAUGAAGUUGAACUGGCGUCACUGUCCAUAAAACCCCCGCUUAAAAAGAAACCCCCUGGAACAGGGACUUUGAAAUUAGACUUAAAUAGGACAAGCAGCUCAGCUGUCUCAAGUACUUCCAGCAAUUGUGCUUCCACAGAUGUUGCUAGACAUGCUUUACCUCAACAGGUGGGUAUGCCAGUGAAUAGAGCCAGUUUCACAAGAUCUCCCCCUCAAGCAAUAAAAAUUGAAGACGGUCUGCAUAUGGGCUUGAAAAGAAGAGCGGACACAGAGAUUGGGGUGAACGAUCCUCUUUACACGCCACCCGACUCAAAAGCAGCAAAAAUUGGUGAAAGGCGAAAAUCCAAUAGACAAAUAAAAAAGCCUCAGAGAUCAGCAGAGGAAGUAGAUCCAUUCUUGGCAGUUCCUUUGGCCAGCGUGUCAAGCUCAGGAAGCGCAGAAGUAUCAGUUAAGGAAAAACUGACCCCAGCACUGAAAUACUGUCAUGAUAUAAUCAAUGAAUUACUUAAUAAAAAAUUAAAAAAAUGGGCUUGGCCUUUCGAAAAACCAGUGGACGCCGAAUGGCUUGGUCUGACGAAUUACCACGAAGUCAUAAAAAAACCGAUGGAUCUCAGCACUGUUAAAAGCAAACUAGAAAAUUUUGAGUACAAAAACUCGAAAGAAUUCGCUGCCGACGUCAAAUUAAUAUUUAGCAAUUGUCGUCAAUACAACGGCCCGGAGCAUGAAGUUGUUGGAAUGGCGUCGAAAAUUGAAGAAAUUUUUGAUGAUAGGUUUUCAAAGUGCCCUCCAGACCCACCUGAACCAGAUCUUGAUAUGGAGGUUGUUGAGGAUAGUGAUACUUCAACAGACUCGGAAGGGGCAGGAGAAGAAAGAGCUAAAACUCUUUUGAGGUUCCAAGAACAGGUCAAAAUGAUGCAGGAACAAAUUCGAGAACUCGUGGAGGAAAUCAGUAGGAAAGGAAAGAAAAAAGCAAAGAAGAAAAAGAAAAAAGAGCAAAAAGAACUUAAUAGUUUUUCAAAUAAUGUAUCUCUUAAUAAUCACGUACCAGCUAAUUUAGGACAAACAAAUUAUAGUCUUAGCAACAAUAUAGGUAAUAAAAAAUCAAAAAAAGGGCUGAGCACGCCUGCUGCUAACAAGAGUUACAGCAGUAAUUUAGUGAAUAGCACGGUAGAUAAUUGUGUAUUAAGUCCAGAAACGGAAUUUCCACCCGUCUCUGCGGGAGGUAGGAAGCAGGUAGCAGCAAGUUUACCGGCAAUGCCAUUGACAACGGGUAAAGCAGUAAAAACCAAGGCAGCGACAAAACAGGCUCCAGUGAAGACUCCAAAUAAUACGCAAGCGCCGAAGAAACCUAGAGCUAAUUAUGCAACCAAAGCUCCCAAUAAGAAGAAGGGCCCUGCAGCAGCCGCUGCGUAUGACUCAGAAGAUGAAGACAGUGCAAAGCCCAUGUCAUAUGAUGAGAAACGGCAGCUUAGUUUAGACAUCAACAAAUUGCCAGGAGACAAACUCGGUCGUGUUGUGAACAUUAUUCAAACUAGAGAACCUUCUUUACGCGACUCAAAUGCAGAUGAAAUAGAAAUAGAUUUUGAAACAUUAAGGCCAUCUACUCUUCGGGAACUUGAGGCUUACGUUGCCUCAUGUCUACGUAAAAAGCCACGGAAACCUUACACAAAGAAAGUAAAAGGAAAAGAAGAAGUAUCGCCGGAAAAAAAGAAUGCCCUAGAAAAUAAACUACCAGCUGCGCAAGCAAGCAAAAAACCAAAAAAAGAAAAUAAACAAGUUUCAAAUAAUCUAGGAAGGUUCGAUGAUGAAUCUAGCAGUUCAGACUCCUCAUCCUCCAGUGCCAGUUCAUCCUCAUCAGAUACUAGUGACUCGGAAGGAGGCCAUGAUGGGCACCUAAAGAAGAAGAGUGUAAAGAAGACGAACCAAGUUAAUAAAACUGGUGCUGAAACGAGGUCCGUCCCAACGCUCACAAUGAACACAGCCACUGGCGGAAUUAUUAAUAAACCGCAAAUACCUCCCCCUGUAACCGUAGCAACUCCUGUAACUUCCAGUGUUCUUCCUCCAACAACAACAACUUCACAACAAACACCUGCUGCGCCAGCUGUGAAGAAAGCAGUAUCUGUGAUUGCAAGUCGGCAAGAUCAGCCAGAUGUUAAACCGGUUGUUGUUGAGCCUCCAACUGUCCCUCAAUUUAUUCCAGCGGUGGUGAAAGUGGAAGCAGAAUCCACUGCAUUGGCACCAAGUAAAACAGAAGUCAAACCUCCAGUGCCCCAACACAAUACUGCACCUGUAGUUCCAAAUAUCACCUCAACAGAGCCUCCAGUUCCCAUUCCCAGCGUGGUGGCAGUCCCAAAAACGGAGGUUGAGUCGCCCUCCACAACUCAGUCAUGCCCCAUCCCUCCCUUGCAAAUGCCUCAACCAUCAAAUGGUAGCAUUAGCAAUCCAAUCAAUUUGUUAGUGCAGCCGCCUAAAGAAGAAAAACCGUCCUUUGCUGAAGCUCCCACGAGCACAUCAAAUUCCUUGCCAGAACCUGCGAAACAAAAUAGUGUGAGCUACAAUAACAAUAAUACACCUUCCUACAGACCAAAGCUUCCAGAACAAAACUUAAAAAAUGCCAGCUCAUGGUCAUCUUUAGCCCAAUCCUCACCAUCAAUGCUGGUACCCCCAACCCCUCCCCCCUCAGCUGCUCUAAAGUCAGCGGUAGCGGAUAGUUUCCAGGCAUUCAGGGAACAAGCCAAGGAACGUGCCAAAAAAGAGAGAGCCUUAAUCGAACAACAAGAGCUACGAAGAGCCCAAAAAGAGCAAGCAGAAAAAGAAAGAUUACGUUUAGAAAAUGAAAAACGGAAGGAGAGGGAAGAAGAAGAAGCUUUAGAAAGAGCAAGAAAAUCAGUUGCGGAGCAAAGCAGAGUAGAAGAGGUUAAAAGUGUAAGUCAAGUUGAAGAUAUCACAAGCCCAGCUGCACUUCAGAGAACAGAAAAUUCUGCUGCUGCCGAACGGGAAAGGUUAAGGAAACGAGAACAAGAACGCAGGAGAAGAGAAGCGAUGGCCGGCCAGAUAGACAUGAACCUGCAAAGCGAUCUGAUGGCAGCAUUUGAGGAAUCCUUAUAAAGUGUAUUUUCGUGGCAAUGCUUUUGUGUGAAACUGAUUUCUAUUCGUGAGAAUCACAUUUGUUUUUGUUUUACUCAAACAAAAUUUAGGAACUCCAGGAUUGUAAUCUACACUUACUGGACUAAGUAACUAAAGUAAUUUAUUUACAUAAUAUUCAUGAUCACUUUAAUUUUUUUUUCUCUUUUUUUAUGCAUACAUACUUAUAUUUAAAGAGAUUAAGGGAAAAGACUGUUUUUUCUGUUAUUUUACUUUGAUCUUAUAAAUCUAGACUUUGUUUUAUCUGUAAAUAUUUUGUUUGUACAAUUCUUAUAACAUGUCAAUUGGCUGUGGAUAUCAUUAUUAAUAUUUAUUACACCUUUCAAUCUGUGUCUUGAUUCUUCUUAUUGUGAAGUCAAGUAGAUUUUACAAUUCUUGUCUACUCAAUGGUACACCCGACCCUGCAUUUUAAAUUCAGAGUGGUGUGUUCAAUCUUUGUGUGUUUGUGUAGGUAUGAUUAAUAUGCCCGUUUAUAUUGCUGUCUUGUGAGCCCCUUAUUAGUUUAAGAUUACCAAGAAAUUAUUUUGGAUGUAGAAAAAUAUAAAUAUGUUCAUUCUCAAGGAACUGGCAGGGAAUAAGUGCUAUAGGGUGGUAGCUGCCUGAAAUAGUUAGAGAAUCAAUGCUGAGACCUACAUUUUAUGAUACUUUCAAGAGAAACUCUCUGGUCAGAGAAUUUUAAUUUCUCUAAUUCUGCUGCAGAAUCUAAAAUUUGUCUGAUGUUCAAGAAAAAAAGUUAGGAAAUUUAUUCCUAAGGUUUCCACUCCCUACAUUUCCCAUGUUUACUUACAAACUUCAACCCCUUCUCUUUUAUUUGUCUUCAAUUUGGGAUAAAGAGCCUUUUUUCAUUUUUCUGGUCUUCUUUCACCUUGAGUCUCAUGCGUUGCCCUUGCAAGCAAACUAUGCCUUAUGAACUCGAAAAAUUGUCAAUCUUUACUAGAUAUUAGAUUUUCGUUAUUGCUGAAAACAGUAAAAUGUUUAGUUGCUUUUUGCACAAGUAAGGAAACUUUCAAAAAUGGUAUUUUGCCCAUUUGUUUAUCUAUUUUAUACUUCACUGUUUAGAGCUUGUUAUUUUGUAGACUCUCUGUCACCCAAAUUCAAGAUAUUUUGUUCCGGGCUUUUGCAUGCUGUAAUCUAAUAAGUGUUAUUAAUCUCUAAAAAUGUGACCUAUGAGGUUUACAUCAAUUGCAGGGACAACUCUUUUGACCCCUUUAAAUGGCAUCAAGUUUCUAACAGGGGUGCAAAAAUAGUAGAUCUUGCAAUCCAUGAAUCACAGUAACUGUGAGCUGAAUCUGGGAAUACACAAAAAGGAAAAUCAUAACCUCCAAAAAUAGGUUCUAAAAUUUAGGAAGUUUGUGUCAGAGAUGAUGCAAAUCUCUAAUUUUGCCACGAGUAGAAAUGGUCGCCAUUUUGGAACUUCUUGCAUCUCUGUUAUGCGACAGGCUUUGUUGUAAGGGUAAAAAAGAAAUUGACAUUAAAAACCAACUGCCUGAGCGGCUAGUCUUGCUGAGCCCACAAGGACUGGAUGCAGGAUGAAAGUUAGGAGGAACGGAACUUUGAUCAUGUUGAAAUGUGCGACGGAAUUUUCGAAUAGAAGUAUAUUUCAAAAUCUUAUUGAAUAAAAUUCAAGUUUCUAAUAUGCCUGCCCGUAAAUUCUCAGGCAAAUAGUUGUCCUUGUCUAAUGGCUUUUGAACUGUCAAACAGCAUUGUUGAAGGGAAAGGUGGACAUUUUGAUAAUGGAAACUUUUUGCCCUUUUGAAAGGUGAUUAUGGGGGAUAUUAAGCAAAAUAAUUUAUGGAAGAAAAAAAGAAAAUUGAGAAUAAUAUGGUAGGCUUUUCGUGGUUUUUACGCUCCUCAUGGUUAUUAGCUAUCAAGUUUUGCUGUUACCGAGGCUCUUGUGAAGUUAAAUUUUUUGCCUUCAAGGCCAUGGAGAAAUUUGCUCUUCAGAGACUUUUUUUGCCAAUACUAUCCUCGAAAGAUCUAACAUACGAACCGAGUUUAAUGGAGAGGAGCUAAUGUUGUUUGGUUUAUUUUAAAACCGUUGUAUCUGCCUCUGAUUUCCCCGAGGAAGUAGGUGUUAUUGUAGUUGUGACCAUUGACUUCGCUCCUUUCUGUUUAAUCCAAUCCAAGCAAUGAAUCCCUCACAUUUUUUAGAACAUCACAUGCUCCUCUAACUCACCUCCUCCUUCACAGAAAACAUACAUCUCUAAUAGCAAUCGAAGAGGAAGAGGUUGGAUGCCCUCAUUUAGUUAGCUGAUUACUUUGGUCUCAAGUUUAAAUUUCAUUAAGGUGUUCGAAUUUUAAAAUUUUAUCUUGAUCAUUCAAAUGAUUAUGGAAUAGUCUUAAUAGGUCAUUUAAGGUAUGUAGCAGUAAAAUUCUUCCGUCAUUGUCUUUUUGUAACAACAUUUCAGACAGCUCUUUCACUGGUAUUUGGGCCUACAUGAGACUGAUUUUUUAGAUUAAAGCUUCCUUGGCCCAAGCUUUCUCUGUAAAAUGUUUACUAACUUCUCAUCUUGGGACUUUUCUCUCUUUCUCUUUUUCUACUCUGAAGAUAGUCAUUCACUGCUUCAAAGCUGAUUGACUGUAUUCUUGGUUUGACGUCCGAUCUUGAGCUCUCAAGAACCCAUUGGUGACAGAAACCAUCAAGAAACAAAUAUGAAUAUAGUCCUUGAAGUAAUUCGACUUCUUACAUUAUAAGCAAGCUUUAUUACUUACUAAACUGUAUGAAUUAUUCCCCAUGGCAUGAUGUAGCCAAGUUUCCAAUGCCAGAAAAUGAUGAGUCAAUCAGAUGAAAGUCAGAAUUUUCAAUGGAACUUGACUGCAGCCUAUUUCAAUCUCACUUUGCGUAUGAUUUUUGAAUAUCAUUAUUACUUAGGAAAUGAAGCCUUGUAACUUUGAUGAUAUUGUAAUGACUUGUCCUCUUAAUUUUUAUGGAAGUUUUCUAAGUUGAAGUAACUGUAAAGCGGCCCCAACAGGAUUAGCAACUAUGUAGAAUAUUCUUGCAAUAGUUAGUUAAAAUCGACAAAAGCUUGCUGUUGACGAUAGAAUGAAAGACUGUGUAGUUUCCAGACAUCUUAAAAAUAGAUCCUCAGGUAGGAUGCCUUUGUGUGAAAAACCACAAAUUUUAUAGCCGUGAGAACAUGGUGAAUAGUUAUUAGAUGAUUAUUUACUGGAAUAUUUUGGUGAAAGUAAGCCUUGCUACAUAGUUUUAUCAAGUUACAAUCUAUCGCUGUCAUUGUAAUACACUAGUUCAACCAUCUUUAUUAAAUAUGUAUCUGUUUGUAAUUGACAUCUGUUGAUUUCUUCAAUUUGUAUUAACAUCAAAACAAAAUCAAUCAAUAAGUCAUAAUUGUAUCAUUUUAUGAGUAUAAUGCUGAGACAUCAUCACGUGCUAAUUCUUCAUAUCAACAAGCCAGUUUUGUUUGUCUGUCAAACUGGCACCCCUUCAGAACUGAACUCAGAUGAAAAUUUUUUGUAAAGUAGUAUUAGAAGGGAAAUACACAAUUAAUUUGUCAAUGUGACACAAUAUCUUAUAAAUUAAUGGUAUAAUUGCUGUAAAUGUCCCCUGUCCUUCUUGUAACAAGAAAAUGGCUCUCCUCUGAAAUAACUUUUGUUUGCGUUAGUUAUUGUGCAAGUAAAACUCACCCCUGAUCGAACUAUUUGAUGCUGAUUCUGUUGAAUUCUAUCAUUUAGGUGUAAAUAUUUGUUUGACAUAGUUCAAUUUUUGUUCAAUUUUGUACAUAAAUUAAAAAACAACAAAAUCA